AGGCACAUCUGUACUGGGCUGUAAUGUUAUUGUAGCUUACAAUCCCCCAACACCCCGCCCAACCCUGCUCUCAGAGAUUCGAGUCCCAGCACUUGAUCUUGAGACGUAGCACUGAGAUCCAGCAUCAAGAGGCAGCUUCCCACAACGCCCCAUGCGCCGUCGUCUUCAAACGUGCGAGAGGUGACGGUCGCCGCCAUGGAACGCGGCGCGUCCAUCGCAUCGCGCUCUCUCUUCCCGCAAGGUCCCAGCUUCAGUCUCGACGACUUCUCCAACAAGGACUUCAUUGUCGGCGACUUUGUCGACUCCCUUGCUGAUGCUGCUGUCCCGGCGAGUCGCCGCUCCGGCCCCGCGCACCAUACCUUCGACCCAAAAUCGCUGAUUAGGGGAUUUGAGAACGCCUUGUCGCAGUUGGCUGCGCUGUCGGAGGAGCUGCAGGUGAAAGAGUCGGAGCUUCUGUCACAAGUCCGCCGCGCCGAAAUCCAACAUGAUCAGACCCUCGAGACCUUGGGGCGCAAGCUCGACCAGUCCAUGGCGCAGUUCGAGGCCCUCGACCUGACUCUCAACAACUCGGGCACCGCCGCCAACGGUAACGCCCGCGCCGAUGGGGGAGGAAACAUUGCUGUCCAGAUCGGCGAGAAGCUCGAGGAGCUCGACAGGAAACGGAGGAAAGCGCAGGACGCCAACUUCUUGAUCCAAUGCUGGAUGGAGGUGACCGAGGCUGGGCAGCUGACGUCGCUCGAGGAGAUACAGCGCCAGGGCGGCGCCGAGAACAAGGUGCGCUGCGCCGUGAUUGCUCGCCAGCUGAUGCGCAUCAGUCAGCGCCUCGAUCCGGCAUCGUGGGGCCAGGCUCCCAACGGAUCUCGAGGGAACGGCGUCACCAACGGUGUGACGGGGACAAACCGACGACACAAUACAAGGGAGGUCCUCGAGAAGUUCUCGGAGCUGCUAGAACAAGAUCUGCUGAAGCAGUUCAACAACAGCUACCGCCGCCAGAACUUCGACGACAUGAUGGAAUGUGCGCGGGUGCUCUACGACUUCAACGGUGGCGCCAGCGUCAUUGCCGCCUUUGUCAACCAACACCAGUUUUUCAUUGACCGUGAUCAGCUCAUCACGGACGAGGUCACUACGGAUGGCGAAACAUGGGAUCAGCUGGCGGAUCCUGAUUCUGAACCCCCCGGCGUUGAGCCGAGCCUACAGUCGCUCGUCGACGAGGUCAGGAUCGUCAUGCAGGAGGAGUCCUUCAUCAUUAAGCGAGCAUUCCCCUACUACGAAACCGUUCUGAUUAAGUUCAUUCAACGCGUCUUCCAGCAGUCCAUCCAGCAGAGGCUGGAAAUGGUCCUGGACAAGGCAACCACCGUCUCGUCCCUGGCAUUCUUGCGCUCAUUACACGCUUCACGGGCCUACAUCAGCGCCCUGGUUGAAGAUCUCAAGACACACGGUCUGACGGAGCAUCCAGAGCCGUGCUCGGCCCAAAUUUCACAAACACUAGACCAGCAGUUGGAGGAGCUGUUCGUCCCUUACCUGGUCGGCAAUUCCUAUAUUGACCGAGAGAGGCGGAGCUUGGAAGUGAUGUACAAUUCCCUACUCUUCAAAUUUACGAUCUACCACUCCAGGCGGAAAAGGGCCCCGACAGGCUUCAUGGCGGCCAUCGCCCAGCAGGGCACGCAGCUCAUCGCAUCGGCCAGAGACGCGUACAUGGAGCGACUGGAGUCUUCGGAUCUCACGCCCACCCAGAAAAAGAUGAUGCUCCGGGUCGCCGGUAUCCAGGACAGCAGCAGCAACAAGAACGACAUUGAGGUGUCGGAGCAGGACGGCAACCUCAGCGUCGCAUAUGCGAAGCGCAUGAUCGGCUGGCUCGCCGAGAGCGUGCGCCGCACCCUCGAAAUGGGGUCUGCAAGCGAGACCCCCAAGGACGUCAACAUGCUUCUCAACCUGCUCCUCACCACCAUGGGCCAAGUUUACGUCGAAACAGCCCUCGACGCCGCCCUCGACCAGGCCACCUCGCAGGAAAACUCCAAGACCGAACCCGACUUCUCGUACCUCCCCAACCUCCGCUCGGUCGUCACCAUCACCAACCUCAUGUCCCGCUUCAUCACCACCGUGCUCAUCCGCCUCGCCGAGUCCAACACGACCGUCCGCCGCAGCAUGGAAGCCCAAUCCAAAAUGGCCAUCGAAGCCACCGAGCGCAAAGCCAACGCCGUCGUCAAGUCGACCCUGGACGUCGCCGCCAACUGGGUGACCAAGCUCCUAGCACAACAAAAAAAGCUCGAUUUUCGCCCCAAGGACAGCGACCUCGAAGCCGGGCUCGUCGACUCGCUGCAGACGCCCACCUGUCAGGCCAUCUGCACCUUCCUCCAUACCAAAGUCGCAACGCUAGCCCGCCACGCGCUCGACGGCCACAACCUCGAGACCUUCAGCUCGGAGCUCGCCCUCGCGAUCCACCGCCUGCUGUUUGAGCACUUCAAGAAGUUCCAGGUCAAUGCCACAGGCGGCCUGAUGGUGACCAAGGACAUUGCAAAGUAUGUGUCGACCCUGAGGGAGUGGCCGCUCGCCAAGGAGGUCGAGCAGAGCCUCGAGGUGCUGACCGAGGUCGGAUACCUGUUCAUCAUUGGGCCCGAGGCGCUGCGGGAGCGGUCCAGGAAUUUGGCUUCUGGGUCGUCAUCGUCGGCGGUGGCGGUGGGGGCGGGUACCGGAGGAGGAGGAGGAGGAGGAGGAGGAGGCGGCGGUGGCAAGAGACUGGGCAAGGCCGACUUUAAGACAUUUGUGCAGAAGCGCGAGGACGCCGGGAGUGUGGGUGUGCAGAGCGUUUUAGCCGGGCUGUAACGCUGGGGAUAGGAACCUAGAUAUAUACACAUUUAGGGGCUCAAGGGCUAAAUUUAGGGAGAAGGGCAUGUAGUGGCCUUCUUUCGACCGCCGAGCCCUUGGUACUGCUUCUACUGUUGUCCAGGUUGAUGGGCGUUUUGGUCCUCGUUUCAGGGUUCAAUAAUACCAGUAGCUCUGUUAAUCGCACGCUUUCCUUCGCUCACCCGC